AAUGUCUCUGUGGUAAUAAAUUAUUAUGAAACAAUCCUUUUCCUAUAUGAUCCUCUCUGCCUGAUACAAACUAUUAAAUCAUAAUCAAUAACUCCAAGUCUCAAGUCUCAAGUCUCGAGUCUCGAGUCUCAAGUCUCAAAUCGCAAAUCUCAAAUCUCAAAUCUCAGGCCAGACCCAGCGAUCCAACCAAUUCUCCCCAGGCUUUUUCCUGCCAAGAAGGUCCUUGCACAAAGAAUCUCAAUCAACUGCACCACCAAAUUUCAGCUUAACCCAGCCUACCUACCUAGCAUUACCUUACCGCAACGCACAUCCUACCUACAUCAUCAGCGCAAAAAGUAAAAGAGACGAAAACGAAAUCCGAGUCCUUGAAAAUAGCCACGCGUUACCGUCUCAAAUUCAACAAGGAAUCACCCGCUCCUACAAGGUCAAUCCAUACCACCCACACCUUAACCAUCUUUCCACGCGAUCCUUCCAUCCUUCAAGCGCCCAAACAUCCACUUCACCCUCCCACACACGCAAGACCUCGUGGCUCCCUUGCUUCCCUAUAAAUACUCUCAAGAUGGCCGGAAAAACCGCCGCGCAGGAAGAAUUCGACACCAUCAUCGCAAAAGCAUCCGCGAGGGAAAAUCACAAUCAUCCAGACGACGAGCGAGAUUAUAGUUUCGAUAGGGAAAACAGCGAUAUAGACGAAGAAGAAGAAUAUCAUAAUAGGAAUAUUGAGGAGAAUAUGAAGAUGCCUUUGUUUGACCGGUCGAAUUCGGGGGGAAUGAUGGGAUUGAGUGAACCGUUGAGGUUGCCGCAUAGGGAUUUUGAUAGUGGGAGGUCCACGGGGGUUAAGGGGGUGAUUGCUGAUGCGAGGAGUUUUGAGGAGGCGAGGAAGACGGGGGUUGGAGGAAGUUGAGGGGGAAUGGGAAUGGCAAUGGGAACUCAAUUACUCAGGGGGCAAGGAGAUCGAGGUCGGCUUCGGGUUCGGGUUCAGAGGAGGGGUUGAGUGAUGAUGAGGAGUUUUUGGAGAGAUGGAGGCAGCAGAGACGAGUGGAGUUGCAAAGUGAAGAGAAAGAUGUUAGGAGUAGGAGGACGAGUCCUAGUGUGAGGAGAUAUGGUAGAUUUGACGAGGUAGAUGCUCUAGGGUAUCUUGACGCCAUUGAAAAAGUAGGAAGAGAAACCAUCGUUGUGGUUUUUGUUUAUGAUCCUGAGGUUUGUCUUCUUUCUAUCUUCCUUUCUCUAUUCUUACCUUACACAUAUACUAACAUAUCAUAUUCAGUGUGACGUCUCCCAAGUAAUUAAUUCAGCACUUCUUCCACUCGUUACCGCAAACCCGACAGUUCAUUUCGUACGCGUCCAUUACGAAGAUGUAGAAUUUGAUAAUGCGGGUGUACCAGCUAUUCUCGCCUAUAAGAAUCAAGGAGAUCUGUUCGCAAAUCUCACAUAUAUCAUUGAUCAGAUUCCUGACGAUACGAUAUUUGAUACGAAAGCUUUAAAGGAUGUUUUGGUUAGGCAUCAAAUUCUAUGAUCCAUUGAUGGAUGGAUGGAUUGGUGGAAGUGGUCAUUUUGAAUGAUCAUCGAGGAUACUUUUGUUCGUUUCUUGUAUCUAUACCUACGUACCUAUUUAUGUAUGAGGUUGAGGAUAUAUAUCGAUAGACACAUGGUGUAUUCAUAUUCAUGGGCUUUAUUUUAUGGGUAUGGAUUUUGUAUGUAUUACAGACAUGUAAUGCAUUGCAUUGCAAAGAGCUUCCUUACAACUUACAAUUCUUCUACCUCGACUCUACUUCACUUCACUUCACUUCACGUCUCUCAUUGUAGACGAAGAUAGGAAAACAAGAUAUCAGGAUUCAAGAAAGCACGAAGAUCUCACCUCCUUGGAGGAAGGAAGCAAGAGUGAUUAAUAUACAUAUAUGUAUGAAUAGAUGAGAAGACGGUCAUGGGAUGGAACGGGAGGGAAUGGAUGGCGUUUGAAUGGGAACGGGAACGGGAACGGGAACAGGGAUAUGGAUAUGGAUAGGGAUAGAAACGGCAGGAGAUCACUUAUUCUUCCUGGUGUGUUUACUUGGUUCUACUUGGUUGGGU